CUCUUAAAGAAGUUAAUAUUAUUCAAUUUAUUGAAAACCUAAAAUAAUGAGAUUAGCUCAAACUUUUUGGUAAUAGAUUUGUAAAAGCAACAGCCUUAUUGUACAUCAAUGUUCUCACAUGCCAACACCUUCAGCUAUAAGUAUUAUAAUCAGGCCUCCAAAAAACCAACAAUUUGCUGUCUGGACCGGUUUUGACCAUGCCGGACCAAUUUCAGUAACAGAAAAUGUUUAAAAAAUCAGUCAGAAAUUUGUCCAAAACUGCUAAGUUAGGGAAAGUUGUACGAUAUUGGGUAAUCGGUUAAAGAAGUACAUAUAUAACAGAUUAAUUGAUGCACAAAAUCCCUAAAAUUUCCUUAAAAGUGAAUCGAUAUGUAAACAACAUUUAAAAGAAAAACGUAUAUACUAAUCAAACUCAUGCUGAAAAUGUUCAUUGAAAAUAUAAAUGAAAUCGUUACAUCUUUGUUUUUUCCAGGUACGUUGACCCGAUGCCUUGAAAGCCUCGAAAGAGUCGAGCAGGAACACCCGGAUAGCAACUCCACCACAGAGGCACUCAAACAGAUACUCAAUGCUUCGUACCAAGUUGAGAUAACAGUCCGAUCAAGUUCUACUUUCAUCCAUUUACUCCUCCAAAGAAUGAAGCAGAUUGUCCAGGGUAUGCCGUGGAGCCAGAGUCCCCGUAUUGAUGAUGAUUGGAAGAAAAAAGUUGCUGCCGAAAUGUUGGCCAGUCUAAGUGCUACCAGAUUAGCAAAGAGCAUAUCAUCUCAGAUCAAAGAUCGUCUUAACAAAUCCCACGAUGCCUUUCUGACAGCACUCAAGCAACUGGAAAUGAAGCACUCGGGGCGACUUACUAAGAUCGAAGAGGAGCGGUUGAAACUACGGAAAGUGCAUGCACCGAGAGUUGCCAAGGUUGCGCUGGAAAGCACCUCACUAAAAGAUGUCAUACUUUAUGGUAUGCCACAGAUGGGACGUGAAAUCGGCCGUGGUCAAUAUGGAGUUGUCUACUCUUGUGACUCAUGGGCAAGUUACACCCCCUGUGCCAUAAAGUCGGUUGUUCCCCCUGAUGAAAAACACUGGAAUGAUCUUGCUCUCGAGUUCUUCUACACAAAGAAUAUCCCCGACCAUGACAGAGUUGUUAUGUUACGUGGCUCUGUGAUCGACUACAGCUACGGAAGUGGUACUCCCGCUGUAUUGCUCAUCAUGGAUCGACUACAGAGAGAUCUGUACUCGGCAAUCAAACAAAAUCUGGACUGGGUCUCAAGAUUACAGGUUUCUAUCGAUGUGGUCGAGGGGAUACGGUUUCUUCAUGGUCAGGGCCUUGUUCACAGAGAUAUUAAACUGAAAAAUGUCCUAUUGGAUAAGGACAAUCGUGGGAAAAUCACAGAUCUUGGUUUCUGUAAGCCAGAGGCAAUGAUGAGCGGGAGUAUUGUGGGUACUCCAAUCCAUAUGGCACCCGAGCUGUUUUCGGGACGAUAUGACAGCAGUGUGGAUGUUUAUGCAUUUGGAAUUCUGUUUUGGUACAUCUGCGCCGGUAGCGUCCGACUGCCACAGAAUUUUGAACAGUGUGCCAACAAGGAGCAGCUUUGGAAUUACGUAAAAAAUGGUUUAAGGCCAGAGCACUUGCCCGUGUUUGAUGACGAAUGUUGGGACCUGAUGUCGAAUUCUUGGGAGUGUGAACCAGCCAAACGCCCGCUGCUCGGGGAAGUGCAUGCAACACUCCAGGGCAUCUACGACAGAUAUCGAAACAAACCAGGCGGACCAACGAAAACAGCGAAAGAAUCCCCACCGAAACCGUUGACCCAAAAGAAUGUUAAAUAUAAAUUGAAGGACAAGAAGUGACUAUCUAACAGUAACAAGGCAGAUGGGAAAACCAAGUGCCUUUAUGGAACCAUUUUUGUCCAUGAUCAUUGACUUUGCGACAGACUUGUCUCAUAAUUUAAGGGUUUCAUGUUCAAAGCAGGGUAAAGGGCUUAGGGUUCUUCCAUUUAAACAUUUAGGCACUUUUGAAUUAUAUAACCACCCUUUUGGGGUCCAAAUUAGUGAAAAAAGAUACCCACCCCUAUACUAAGAAAAAAAUUGCCUUCACCCUGUGGGGGUAUAUGAAAUUGUUGCCAAUGUAAUUGAUACUAAUUUGUAGGAUUUCUUUUCUGAUUUUGAUGCAAGUGUCCAAGCAAAUAUCAGCUGUAAAAAAGUCACUAGCUCCCGAUUUCAGUGCUCAUCUUGGGCCCGUAUUCACAAAUGCCCAGGGACCAUGAUUACAAACAGUCUCAAGUCGAAGUCUACACUAA